CAAUAAUUGAUAAUCCUCCUAAUUCGCAUCCCUUCUAAAUUCUUGCUGGCAACUCUGUCUCCUUCUCCUACUAAUCUUCUUCUUCUUCGUCUCUCGCUCUCUCUCUCCCUCCCUCAUUUUCUUCUUAAACCCUCAAUCUCUCCCCUUUCUAAAACCCACCCACUUAUUUAUUCCCUCUAAUCUCAAAAACCCAUAUUUUUUCUUGCUCCAAAACCACCCCACGAUUCCUUUAAAAUGACCCAUCAACUCAACAUAAACAACACUCUGUUUUUCAUAAUUUUGGUUUCUUCGAUCUUAAUAUCAUCAAGAUGUGCAAAUUCAGAGUCAACAAUAUAUGAUGUACUUAAAUCACAUGGAUUGCCCAAAGGGUUACUGCCAAAAGGUGUUAAAGAUUUCAGCUUUGAUGAUUCUGGGAGGUUUGAAGUUCAUUUAGAUGAAGCUUGCAAUGCUAAGUUUGAGAAUGAGUUACAUUAUGAUCAAAAUAUUUCUGGGAAUUUGAGUUAUGGUGAGAUCAAUGGACUGUCUGGUAUUUCAGCCCAGGAUUUGUUUUUGUGGUUUGAUGUUAAAGAAAUUAGAGUGGAUGUUCCAAGCUCUGGACUGAUUUACUUUGAUGUCGGUUUUGUUUCUAAGCAAUUCUCCUUGUCCUCUUUUGAAACUCCGAGAGAUUGUUUGGCUGUUCAGUCAGUGGAUCUGCAGCUGUACUCUGACAGCACCUUACCUACACAACCUGCUUAUAAUAAGACUUCAUUUGGAAAUUUCAGAUACCAGCUUGGUUACAGAGAUUUGCCAAUGGCUACAUUAUGAAAAGUUGAUCGGACUGAAACAUGGUUCUGGCACUAUAGCUCAAUCAAGUAAUGGGGUAUUCCGAUUCUUUUCUGUACAUUUCUCCAAAGAGUCCGGUUUAGCAGGUCCUACGCUUCAUUCUAGUGUGUGCUUGCUUGUGGUUUUUUGUAUAGUGCAGAGUCUGCAAACUAGUCGCACAAACUCCCAUUACUUUCAACAAUUACUGGUGAUUUCAUGAUGCAACAUACAAGAAUCUUGGUCGUCUUACAACAUCUUAAAGACUGCAAAAAACAUAGGUGGGAUCAUCAUCAGGUGAUAAACCUGCUGAAGUUUGUUUCCAUUGUUGAAAUCAUCAUGGAUAUAGACACAUCUGGUUGAGUCAUGUAUCUUUUUGUAGUACAAGUUCAGAUUCACUUGACAUACUGCAUAAUUCCCUUGUGGGAGAAUCAAUAAAUGGAAUUUAUUCUUUGCCUUUCGAAUCAAUAAAAAUUAUAUUAUUUUUUCCUGCUGA